GUGUCACUCUGGAAAAAAUACAAAACCGUUGGUUAUAAAAUCUUCUCAGAUUACACGUGCUUCGUGGAACGGGAUUAUCGAGUGCAUUACCUCGGAUUUAGAAGGUCGAGUUCAGAUGAGAAAUACGAAUUGUCCUCGGCGGUUGUGGAGCUAUCAAACUGCCUCUGCGAACAGAAUUAAGGAGCUUCAGAACAAUGUGCUACAUUUACAUCGUCAUAACGCACGCAACCUCUUCGCAUGUCACGUUCAAAGGAUAACUCGCAGGACCGGCAUAAUAACGAUUGGAGUCGCUCCUUCGUCUUCGUCGUGUGACGUAAAAAAACGGACGUUCACAAGAGUCGCUCACGUCUCUGUACCCAAAGAAAAUCGCAAUUUUCCACGGAUAUCAGAAGAGUACUAGCAUGUCUUUGUGACAAAUCAACGAACUUACUGCGAAUGUCACUUUGACAUAAUGACAGCUAAUUCCACAUGCGUUUGUGCGAAGAUAAUAUCCUUUCCCACGUGUGUAAGGAAACGAAUGUCGAUGUUACGCAGAACAUCGGAGAAGUUCCCAAACCGAGGGACGUUGAAACGUGAUCGAUCAUAUCUGAACAUCGGCUGUAAAGCAAGCAAUUGAAAUAAUUGCAUUUAAUGAUGCCGAUUGUAAGCCGAUUCAAGCGGCUUCCAAAGAGAAUCAUUUAAAAGCAAUCAUCAUUAUGUUCGCGUAGUAAGCGUAGCAAAAGUAGCAAGUGUAGCAAGGAUGAAAGCUUCCCGCAGUCUUCUACCAAUGGUCUAAUAAUUUGCGCAAAAUGCUCUUCGAUGAACGCAACUAUAGAAUCAAUAAAGUUCUUCUGUCGUGGAUCGGCCAAUGGCCAUAUCAAACAAGCAGAAGAAACAGCGCUAUUAUUCUUAUUAUAGUGUUCUUAGCUGGUACACAAAUUGUCGCCAAGAUAUGCGGUUUGUUCUCCAUUAAAGAUAUGGAUGUCUUUAUUGAUUCCCUCUCACCACUGGUGGCCGACUUAGGCUGUGGAAUCAAGUUCCUUACUUGCGUAUUAAAGACAACGCAGAUAAAGGCGCUUUUCAAUCAGAUACGAGACGAUAGGCAGACGUUAUCGACGUGUGAAAACAUCAAUAUUUUUGACAGUUACGCACGCAAGGGACGCAAAUUUACAAUUAUCUACGGGGGUUUCCUUUACUUUGCGCUAAUAUUAUUCAUGUUGGUGCCGUUGCAACCGUUAUUACUUGGCUCCUCGAAUGAUACAACUCGUCCGUUAUUACACGAAGUCAAUUAUUACAUCGACAUGGACAAGUAUUACUUACCAAUUUUGCUUCACGGAUAUAUCACAGCCGCCAUUUGUGUGACCAUAGCUGUUGCGACAGAUACAAUGUUCGUCAUCAUGGUACAACAUGUUUGCGGGCUGUUUACGAUCAUCGGACAACAGGUGGAUAACAUAAUAAAGGAGGAAAAUCUAAUGAUAGAUAUCAAUCCACCUGUUGAGAACGAUGAACCAUAUAAAAACAUAAUAAAGAGUAUUCACGCACAUAAAAGAGCUUUAAGGUUUGCCAAUCUCGUGGAAGCCGUGUUUAACCCGAUGCUUCUCGUCAUGGCAGCUUGCAACGUACUCGUUGUAAGCAUGACAGGCGUUACGGCAAUGACAAACCUAGACAAGCCAUCAGAAUUUCUAAGACAAAUGGCUUUUUCAUGCGCCUUGUUAAUGCACCUGUUCUUCGAGAGUUUUCAGGCACAGCAACUGAUCGACCACAGCAUACAUAUUCACACUAGCUUAAUAAACAUGACAUGGUAUCGCACCUCAUUCAAGACAAGGAAAAUCUUUAUUUUUAUGCUGAUGAGAACACGAGAACCUUGCGUCUUAACAGCAGGAAAAAUGUUCGUUAUAUCCAUGGAUACUUUUUCUACGAUCGCUCGCAUGUCUAUGUCCUAUUUCACAAUGCUGCGAUCGAUGCAAUGAUUAAUUUGCUUCUCUACCUCGUAAAUUGAUGUAUGGAUCCUCCAGAAGACAAUGACG